CUUCAGCGUCGAACAUUGGUGUUGUCCUUCAAAGACGCGGAAAACAUUCAUAACGUAGAGUUUUACUUUCAUUACCUAGAUUUCCUGGCUUUACGUGACAAACUGUAUAAUGUCUUAUCCUCCAUAUGGUGGUGGACCUGGAUAUCCUCCUGGCGGGGGAUAUCCAGGAUAUCCUCCAACGGGUGGAUAUCCCCCUGAUCCUGGUUAUCCUCCUGCUCCCAAUACAGGUUACCCCCCUGUAGGAGGGGGAUACCCUCCUGCUCCUGGUGGCUACCCCCCUGCUCCAGGUUAUCCACCUGCUAGUGGCUACCCUGCUCCCCCUGGUGGAGGUUAUCCACCACCUCCAGGAGUUGUUCCAGGGGGACCCUAUGGUGUCCCUCCCCCUCCUGGGGGUUAUGGCUCACAACCAUAUGGUCAGCCUCCUCCUCAGGGAGGUUAUGGAGCUCCUCCCCCUGCAGGUGGCUAUGGAGGACCUCCUCCCACUGGCAGUUAUGGGGUACCACCUGGUGGUUAUGGAGGUGUACCUCCUUCAGGAGGAUAUGGAGGACAUCCUCCUGCUAGUGGAUAUGGGGCACAACCCCCCCAAGCUGGAUAUGGAUCCCAUCCUGGACAUCAGCCCCCACAACAGAACUAUAGCUCACAAGCUCCUACAACACACAGUGCCCCUCCACCAACAGCUGCCUCCUCUGCUCAUCAACAGAAACCAGCAAAGCCUGCUGCUCCUUCUGCUCCUCCUGCUCCUCCUGGUGAUGGUGGUCCUCCAACCUCUCAGAUGGCUUCAAUGUCUUUAAAGGCGAAAUAUGGUCAUGGUACCAUUGUUCCAGUCUCUCCAUUUGAUGCAGAAGCUGAUUGUGAGUUGUUACGGAAGGCCAUGAGGGGAGUAGGGACUGAUGAGGCUGCCCUCAUUGAUAUCCUUGUGAAGCGUAGCAAUCCGCAAAGAGUAGAAAUUAGGAAGAGGUACAAGACUAUGUUUGGAAAGGAUCUCAUGAAUGAUCUAAAGUCAGAGCUUAGUGGUAACCUUGAAGAUUGUUUGUUGGCACUGAUGGAACCAACUGCUUUGUAUGAUGCAAAGUGUCUGAGGCGUGCCAUGAGGGGUGCUGGAACAGACGAAGAGGCCUUGAUUGACAUUUUGUGCUCUCGCUCCAACCAGGAAAUUGCUGAUAUAAAGAGGUCAUACACAGAGUACUAUAAGCGCGACCUUGAGAAGGAUUGUAUGAGUGAGACAAGUGGUCAUUUCAAGCGGCUUUUAGUGUCAAUGUGUCAGGGCAAUCGAGACGAGACCAAUACUGUUGACAUGGCCAAGGCAACAAAGGAGGCUCAAGACUUAUUCCAGGCGGGUGAGAAGAAGUGGGGAACAGACGAGUCUCGAUUUAAUGUUGUUCUAGCGUCCAGGAACUUUCCACAGCUGAGAGCAACGUUUGAUGAAUAUGUUAAGAUUUCUCAACGUGACAUUCUAAAUUCUAUCGAUCGCGAGAUGUCUGGUGAUUUGAAGGCGGGUUUUAAAUGUAUUGUACUGUGUGCAAGAAAUCCUGCUGAAUACUUUGCGGAUCGACUGUGGAAGUCUAUGAAGGGGGCUGGAACUGAUGAUGCGACGUUGAUUCGCUGUGUUGUUUCUCGUUCUGAGCGCGAUCUCGUUGAAAUCAAGCAAACAUUUUUGCAGAAGUAUCACAAAACUUUGUUCAAGAUGAUUGAGGGAGAUUGUAGUGGAGAUUACAAAAAACUCUUGCUAGCAGUUGUUGGAAGGAACUGAAGGCAGUUUCACAGUAAAAAAAAUCAUGAACUUCCAGUAUCAUGUUAUAAUUGCGAAUAAUUACUCAGCUUUUAAAGGGAAAGGCUCUGCAGUGAUGAUUUGAUGACCUUGUAGUUCUUAGAUAGUCAGACCGUAUUGGCGCCGUUUGCCCAUUGCCCACUGCUGCUGAUCACGUGAGAUUUUAAGGUGAUUUGAGAAAUUUUCCCAAUUGUUGGAAAGAAGUAAAAAAAGGAAGCUUUCUAGGUCUUCUCUGGAGAAACACAGCAUAACAUGGAACCUGUUUUUCUUUGGUAGCUUUCACCAAACUUCAUUUUCACGGUCUCUCUUCCGAAUCUCUCACCUCUGCCAAAUCUUUCCCUAGCUCUCCCUCCUACUCUCUCUCUCUCUCUCUCUCUCUCUGCCUUCAAGGACUUGGAUGCGAGAAGGAAGAGAGACCCUGGCAAUUAAGUUGGUUAUCACAUCAGUAAAAGCAAAAAUCCGCUUACUCCUUUCUUAACUAACCUCUGGCCGUUGAAAACUUAGGCGAGGCCAGUUUUUAAUUUAAUGGUUUGGGCGAAUGAGACGUAUUAUAUUCUCCAAGUAAUCUAAUUGAGCCAAGGAUGGAAUAGGAAUGAACUUCUGGUCAUAUUGUUCUGAAAGUAAUUUUUUACGCACUAAAUACAUUUACUAUAACGUACAAAUACAACGCUUUGGAACCUUUAAAAAUUACGCAGUUAGUCUCUAAACUAAAAGGUAGACAGAAUAUAUUAUCCAAUCUAAGUUAUUUCAAAUAGUUAAGUACCCUUUAAUACUACAUUUCUAUAUUUCGUGCUAAGAAGAUCUUUUGGAGGUGAAAACGCUAAAGUGCGUUUUCAAAAACUACAAACUGAUCUAAGGUUUGAAAUAAAAAUAUUGCUCAUCUUCGGUUUAA